UAAAACUUUCUGCAUGUUUAUAGCGUGCAGUUAUUUUACCCAGUUCGCGAUUAUUAGAGUUGGUGUAGAGAGAGAUACCGAUCUGCACGAGAGACCCGGCUAAGUUAACGUUUGAUGCAACUCGGACAUAGCAUAUCAUUAGCCAGCCUAGCCAUUGUAGACGGAACUAAUUUUUCGGUCACUGGUUCCACUUUGAUCGUUUUAAUCCAUUGUUUAAUGAUCUUUUCCUUGAAGGUGUCCGUGUUAACAAUAUAACUUUCGCUAUCUAAAAUCGUGUAUUGCUUUAUUAUUUCACUCCGGGAUACCGUGGAGUAAUUUAGCCGGUUAUAAUGAAUCACCUUUUAUCCACCAUGGCGAAGCUGCUGUUAUCGGUAUUCUGCAUUAUUUUGGGAAUCACUUGUAUUGCGGCAUUGCCAACAGGAGCCCCCAGCACCGGCUGCGUGUCCAUGUAUCCCCAGCAUCCCGGGCCGAAUGGUCCAGUUAGUGCGCAGACCGGUCUGACGGUGCCCUUUCAGAUUAUGGUAGCACCGGCAUCCGGAACCGGCUCGGGCUUCCGAAUUACGGUUGUUCGCAAUCCUAAUUUUCCCGGCGCUCCACAGUUAUUAGGAUUUUUCCUGCAAGUACGGGAACCAGGAGUGCAGUCUGAGAUGCCACUGGGUGAAUUCGUGCAGCUGCCACCUUAUGCGAAAUUUGGAGACUGCGGUGCUCCACCCAACCCUACCUCGCCAAACACCAUAACGCAUGUGAACAACUUCCCCAAGCCGAUUGAUGGCGAGGGCUUGGUAUUUUUCUGGAACCCUACCAACAUCCCGAGCAGUGUCAAGCAAGCGCAAAUACUGUAACGGCACUUUGUGCAGAAUCUGCAGACAUUCUGGGUGAAAGUGCCAUCACAGAUCUUCGACGUCAACAACGAUGUACCGCCAACACCCAACGUGCCGGUGAUGGUGCCCAACGCACCGGCGUCGACGGAUGCCGCUAUGAUUAAUCACAACGCACACGUCAAUGAUGCCAACACCGUCAAUGUGAAUAAUGACCGCCGACCCGGUUUCGGUAACACCGCGGCCGAGAAUCCAGUUAUCAGCAGCGUUCCGCAAACCGGUAGCCGGCCAGUUAUCGGUCCAGCGGGAUCAGUCGGAUCCGGAUGCCAAAGUGUAUUUGCCGGUGUAUUACCUCUUGUCGGCGCGUCAUUGUUAUUAUUACUCUAGAUUACCAAUGGGGCAGAUGAAGAUUUUUUAAACGUGAUUUUAAUUUGCUUUUUUGAUAUUGAAAUCCUUGUUAUCUCAACCUCGUGUCAAUCUCUCUCACUCUCUUCGUCGGACUACGGUCUGAUUAUUUCGGGAAUGUGUGUGUACUGUUUAAUUCACGGACACUGCAUCUCACUUAUAGUUGCACUUGAACACACAUGGGUGGGAUCCACCGCGGCGCGCACUGUUGUUGCAUAUAUAAUUUUGUGGAUACCGUAUAUAUAUUAUACCAGUGUUUGUCCGGUCGAAUGUGUCGUCCGAUAAGUUACGUCACGGUCGCCGCGAUCGUCCCAAUGUUGCCGGCUAUUAUACGAUAUUCGUAUUAAU